AUGGGAGAUAGUGACAUUGAAGGCGGUGGCGGUGGAGAUGACGGUUUUCGUUCUCCGAUCGGCCGUAAGUAUCGUCCCGUGUUGGCUAACGAUCGUGCUGUACUUGAGAUGUCUUCAAUAGAUCCAGGAUCUUCUUCUUCAUCAGUGUUUCCAGAUCAACCUCACAAUCUCAGAAAAAUAAAUGUAAGUUCAGAUGCUAAAGAAGGGAACUCUCCUCGGCAAGCUCAACCUAAUGGACCCCAGCAGGAAUCUAAACUGGAACUGUUUGGAUUUGAUUCUCUUGUCAAUAUUCUUGGUCUCAAAAGCAUGACUGGUGAGCAACCUGCACAGCCGUCUAGUCCUAGAGAUGGUGAGGAUAUUACAGUUGCUGCUGGGCUGCCAAAGCCUGAAGCUCUCAAAUUAGGGACACUGAUGGGUGUAUUCAUUCCUUGUGUUCAAAGCAUUUUGGGCAUCAUCUACUACAUUCGUUUCUCUUGGAUUGUUGGUAUGGCUGGCAUAGGAGAGACACUGCUUCUUGUUGCUCUGUGUGGCACUUGUACGUUCCUUACUUCAAUAUCACUGAGUGCUAUUGCAACCAAUGGUGCCAUGAAGGGUGGGGGACCGUACUAUCUCAUAGGUCGCGCCCUUGGUCCAGAAGUUGGAGUUAGUAUUGGUUUAUGCUUUUUCCUUGGAAAUGCAGUUGCUGGAGCUCUGUAUGUAUUGGGAGCUGUAGAAACAUUUUUGAAAGCAAUUCCUUCUGCUGGAAUUUUUAGAGAGCCUAUGACACAAGUUAAUGGUACCUCAAUUGCGGUACAGAGUCCAAGUUCACAUGACCUGCAAAUUUAUGGGAUUGUUGUGACUAUUGUGUUAUGCUUUAUUGUAUUUGGAGGAGUGAAGAUGAUAAAUCGGGUUGCACCUGCAUUUCUUAUACCUGUUUUAUUCUCACUCAUCUGCAUAUAUUUGGGAAUUCUGUUGGCAAAGGAGGAUCGUCCCACAGCGGGAAUUACUGGGUUGAGUUUGGAGACUAUUAAAGAAAAUUGGAGUUCAGAUUAUCAAAAGACUAAUGAUGCUGGAAUUCCAGAUCCCAGUGGUUCUGUAACUUGGAAUUUCAAUUCUUUGGUGGGCCUCUUUUUCCCAGCAGUGACAGGAAUAAUGGCAGGUUCUAAUCGAUCAUCUUCACUGAGAGAUACUCAACGAUCUAUUCCUGUUGGAACUUUAUCUGCAACUCUUGUAACUUCUUGUAUGUAUCUUAUUUCUGUGAUAAUGUUUGGCGCCAUUGCCACCAGAGAGAAGCUGUUAACUGACAGGUUGCUUUCAGCUACAGUUGCCUGGCCUUUUCCUUCAUUAAUUAAAAUUGGGAUUAUUCUUUCAACCAUGGGUGCUGCUCUUCAGAGCCUGACCGGCGCCCCACGUCUGCUUGCAGCUAUUGCCAAUGAUGAUAUUUUACCUAUUCUAAACUACUUUAAAGUUGCAGAUGGUAGUGAGCCACAUGUUGCUACCCUUUUUACUGCUUUCCUAUGUAUUGGGUGUGUCAUCAUUGGGAAUCUGGAUCUUAUCACUCCAACUGUGACCAUGUUUUUCCUUCUGUGUUAUUCGGGUGUCAACUUGUCCUGCUUCCUUCUCGAUCUACUAGAUGCUCCUAGUUGGCGUCCUCGGUGGAAAUUUCAUCAUUGGAGUUUGUCACUUCUAGGAGCAUUACUUUGUGUAGUGAUCAUGUUCCUAAUCUCUUGGUCAUUCACCGUGGUUUCUUUGGCCCUUGCAAGUCUUAUAUAUAAGUACGUGAGCAUCAAAGGAAAGGCCGGGGACUGGGGAGACGGUUUCAAAAGCGCUUAUUUCCAACUUGCACUUCGUAGCCUUCGGUCUCUAGGAGCAAAUCAAGUGCACCCAAAGAAUUGGUAUCCAAUUCCGCUAGUGUUUUGUCGGCCUUGGGGAAAACUGCCCGAAAAUGUUCCCUGUCAUCCCAAACUUGCAGAUUUCGCUAACUGUAUGAAGAAGAAAGGUCGAGGAAUGACUAUAUUUGUCUCUAUACUAGAUGGGGAUUACCAUGAAUGUGCUGAAGAUGCCAAGACAGCUUGUAAGCAACUUAGUACCUACAUUGAGUACAAGAAUUGUGAAGGUGUGGCCGAGAUUGUUGUAGCUCCUAACAUGUCUGAAGGUUUUCGAGGCAUCGUUCAGACAAUGGGCCUUGGCAACCUCAAGCCGAACAUUGUGGUGAUGCGUUAUCCAGAAAUCUGGCGCCGGGAGAACUUAACAGAUAUCCCCGCCACCUUUGUUGGUAUAAUUAAUGACUGCAUUGUUGCAAACAAGGCAGUAGUUAUAGUGAAGGGUCUUGAUGAAUGGCCAAAUGUGUACCAGAAGCAAUACGGUACAAUUGACUUGUAUUGGAUUGUAAGAGAUGGUGGUCUCAUGCUACUUCUCUCUCAAUUGCUUCUUACCAAGGAGAGCUUUGAGAGUUGUAAGAUUCAGGUUUUCUGUAUUGCAGAAGAGGAAGCAGAUGCAGAGGGGCUGAAAGCGGACGUUAAAAAAUUCCUUUACGAUCUUCGGAUGCAAGCAGAAGUCUUUGUCAUAACAAUGAAAUGGGAUGUACAAGUGGAUAGUGGGACUCCGCAAGAUGAAUCAUUAGACGCAUUUACCAGUGCUAAUCAAAGAAUUGUUGAUUAUUUAACCGAAAUGAAGGCAAGAGCAGAGAGACAAGGUACCUCUCUAAUGGCAGAUGGUAAGCCCGUGGUUGUGAACGAGAAGCAAGUUGAGAAGUUUUUAUACACAACGCUUAAGCUCAAUUCCAUAAUUUUGAGAUACUCAAGAAUGGCUGCUGUUGUGUUAGUAAGUCUUCCUCCCCCACCAUUGAGCCACCCAGCAUAUUUCUAUAUGGAGUAUAUGGAUCUGUUGCUGGAGAAUAUACCAAGGAUUUUGAUUGUGAGAGGAUAUCGUAGAGAUGUUGUAACUCUAUUCACAUAG